ACUGGUGGACUGAUGGACUAGUGGACCGGAGCGACCUGAAGCCAAAUCGGAGGCAGUUUGCUUUGGGAGACCGACCGACGAACCGACGAGUCGACGAGAUCCGACAAAAGAUUUAAGCGACAAAUUCGUAUUAUUUUUUGGAAAAUGUAUUCAGUGCAGGGGCGACAUUCGCAUUUGCGGCAACGAAACCAACAGCCAUAGCGACAGCCCAACACACACUCGCACACCCACUCGCCACUAUCAUUCACACACCAUCAUUCGGCACCGGCACCACCACCACCGUUUAGCUGGCCAAACAAAGCCUUGCACUUACCCGGAGAAAGCAGGCGAAAGUGGAAAGUGCAGUCGAAAGUGCAAGCCAAGGCGCACAGCAAAAACAAAAAAAAGAGGAAAACCCCUCUUUAGAGACACAAACAAAAACUACGAGGCUUGUGUCAGUGAGAAUGCCAAAAUUAGUGACUUACAUCUUCAUCGUCAGCUCGCUGGUGCUCUGGUAUUUGCUGCUCUUCGGGGGCGGCACUAGGGGCGGGGCCGGUGGCUGGGGUGUGGGCGUGGCGGCCACCAAUGGCCACGGGGGUCAGAUGGAGGGAAGAGACUUUCACCAUCACGGCGGCAGUCAUCAUAUAAGGCGCAACAUUAACCACUGCUGGCGUCGCUAUGAUGGCUACAAUCUGCAGAACACAGUCGUCAAUAAAAAGGAACAACUGAAGAAGCCCUACGGCAUAUUGUGCAAUUUCAAGUGCACCUGGUUCUUCACCACCAGUUUUCCCACUUGCGAGUUCAUCUACGAUUAUAAGUUAUCCUGCGUGCUGUUCACUUCACUACCCGACUGCACCAACGUCAAGUGUACGCUCUUGAAUUACUUUGAGUAAACUAAGUGUAUUUAUUUUCAGUGCAGUUUUAAGCUAUUUUUUUUUAUUCUCUGUUAUUUGUUUUUUUUUUUUUUUUUUUUAUAUAGCAUAAGUCUGAUUAUUUGGUAAAUUUUAUAUCAUGUCUGGGGGAGUAAUUAUGAUGAUAAAAGAAAAAAUUUAAUUUAUGAAAA